GCAAGUAGACGACGUUCGCCUGGCCGUUCGAGAAAACGCCACGCAGAGUGCGUCUUCAUCCUUCGCGCUGCUCCACCGUCUGCUGUCGAGAUAAACACCCUCUCUCGCUACGUCCUCGCGCGCCGCCUUCUGCCAACGCCUCUCCCAGCAUUUGAGUGCUGCAGCGCUCCCUUCGCAGCUGCUGGCCUUCCAUCCCCGUAACGGCGGCGCAACGAAGCCGCUUCCGCCUGGCGAAUCCUCAUCUGCUUACACGCAUGUGGUGCACUGCAGCGCGGCCCUGAGUUUCGAACAAAAUUAAUCUGCCACGGGCAUCACACCUCACUGCACUUUCAGGAUAUCACCGACACUGCACAUGCCGCCGAGCGAGCACGAAACAACAUGACUUUGAUCAAGUACGACGACAAUGCCGCCACAGGCGGCGACUCGCUGACGCAGGAUCUCAAUGUGGCCUACGAGAGUGGAGACAUGGCGUGGGUCAUCGUCGCCACGGCGUUGGUCUUGCUCAUGAUACCUGGUGUUGGCUUCUUCUACUCGGGUCUUGCUCGCCGCAAGUCUGCCCUCUCGCUGAUAUGGCUGAGCGUCAUGGCCGUGUCGGUGGUCAGCUUUCAAUGGUUCCUCUGGGGCUACUCACUCGCAUUCAGCCAUACAGCGUCAUCAUACAUUGGCGACCUCUCCAAUGUGGGCCUACGCAACGUGCUCGCUCGCCCGUCAGUGGGUUCGUCUCGAAUUCCUGACCUUCUAUAUUGCGUAUAUCAAGGCAUGUUCGCAUGCAUCACCGUCGCCUUGGCAUCUGGAGCCGUCAGCGAGCGGGGCAGGAUGUUGCCAUGCGUUGUGUUCAUGUUCAUAUGGACGACUGUCGUCUACGAUCCACUAGCGUGCUGGACGUGGAAUCCGGCAGGGUGGUCAUAUCGACUCGGAGGUCUGGACUUUGCGGGUGGCACACCAGUCCAUAUUGCCAGCGGAUCAGCUGCGCUCGCGUACUCUUACAUCCUGGGCAAACGAGCCGGUCAUGGCACUCAUGCCCUCAAUUAUCGUCCACACAACAUCACCUUCAUCGUGAUCGGCACCGUCUUCCUUUGGGUGGGCUGGUUUGGGUUCAAUGCUGGCAGCGCGCUCAGUGCGAAUCUCCGAGCUAUCAUGGCUGCACUAGUGACCAACCUCUCCGCGUGCGUCGGAGGAGUGACCUGGUGUCUUGUCGACUAUCGUCUCGAGAGAAAAUGGAGCGUAGUUGGGUUCUGCUCUGGUGUCGUCAGCGGCCUCGUUUGUAUUACUCCUGGUAGUGGGUAUGUUCCUCCCUGGGCCGCUGUCAUCUAUGGCCUCUGUGCUGGAAUUGGAUGCAAUUUCGCAACCCAGCUGAAGUACUACCUGGGUGCAGACGAUGCUUUGGACAUUUUCGCUGUACACGGUGUGGGCGGCAUCCUGGGCAACCUGCUGACUGGUAUCUUCGCGGCCGACUACAUCGCUCAUCUGGAUGGCUCCACCAGAAUUUCUGGAGGCUGGCUGAACCGCCACUGGAUUCAAUUAGCUAUUCAAUUAGCGGAUACAGUGACUGGCAUGGCGUACUCAUUCACCAUGACAGUCCUGAUAUUGAUAUUGAUAUCCUUUAUAUCGCGCUGGGUUCCGGCUCUUAAACUACGAGCGAGUCCAGCAGAGGAAGAUACUGGCAUGGACGACGCAGAACUGGGCGAAUUCGCAUACGACUACGUCGAGGUCAUUCGAGAAAUCAAGCCUGGGAUGCAAGACCAUUCGGACCUCCACAACAUCGAAGGAGAUGGCAGGAGUAUGAGGACACUAAGUCAUGUAUCCGAGUCUGAAUACCCACUUCAUUCGCAACAGCAGCAGGAGACCAAAGACGGAUAUCCUUUGCGUGACUUCAGUCGGGAAUCCAGACCCGUUGAAGUGGGUAAUGCCAGCUGACUACAUGAUCGGCCGAAAGUGUACAGUAUUAGUGGAGGCAAACUCGUACUGCAGGAACAAGAUCGCAAGGCAAUGAAUGUCACGAAGGUCCAGGCGUAAUGCAGACUGUCAAGGAUGGCAGAUGGAAAGGUGAUGGGAUUUAAAAAUGGCGAUGGGUAAGGAUCACGCCUGGCAGGUGGUAUUUGUGGCCUGCAGAGAGGCCUUCAGAACCUCCGUUCGUAUGUUCGUGCGCUGAAGCACAAUUCAAUUAUCGUUACUCGACCUCACUUUGAUUUCGUAGUCAGAAAACU